CAUGACCAAUUUGGGUCACGACCAGAGUCCUUGAACUGAUUAAGUUUGUGAGCCAAGGUACCACUGUAUAUUGUCUCCUCCCCCUUUCCUUGCCUUUCUGAACACCAGUAGCUUUUCACUAACACCACCUGCUAUGCUUUUAAUGAGUGUUUCAUAGGGCAGCAGCUGUUGAUCUUCUCCAUUCUGUGCCUGCAUGAAAUUAAUGCAAUAUCCUUGACAUUUUCUGUACUUAUUAACAGUUGUCCAUUAUUGUACUUCACUUAAAAUAUGUUUUAGCUGAGCAAACUGAAGAUUCAGAUGUUGCAGCAUAAUCAUAAAAUAUUGCCAGUAAUAACAUUCAAAAUGUGUUGCUGAAAUUUAAGUUAGAUCUGGAAGUGGAUACUUCCUAUACAUUUUUUUCCUAUUCCAAAUGGAUUUAUAUGUGGGGUCACCAACCUUCUAGUUCCAUGAGAACAUCUGGGAACCUGACAAACUACUGCAGGAACAACUACAUGUCUAAUUGGUGGAUCACUGCUUUGAGUGUCUAGCUGGUAUGUCUAAGGAUCUUAGGCUGAGUCUUAUUCAGCAAAAACUUGUGUUCCAUUUUUAUUGGACACUGCAAUGUGCCUUUAAUAAGGAGUUGUCUAAGUCAGCUAAUUGCUGACAAUGCAAUACAGAUAAUGCUUCUUUUAAACAUAUGUUUUGACAGUGUCCGGAAGUUGCUUUUCUUUUCUUUUCUUUUCUUUUUUUUUUUUCUUUUUUGGAGUUGGUUAUUACAUAAAUGUGCUGGAAUUACUUACCUGCUUCAUGGAAAUCAACAAAAGGAAGAGGAAAUGGAAUAUUCAUUCUAUUUUUAUCACUAAGAAACUGACAUUAUAAAACUGGUACACUCAACAUUCAACUCCUAUAGUGCAAUAGACUGAGGACCUUAGAACACUGAUUGACGUAUGGAUGCCAGUUUAAGGGGAGGAUAAAAUAUAAAAAAUCCGGGUGCCCAUUAGUGCCGCAUUGAGGACCCUAAUUUCAAUUAUUAGCACGUUUCUAGUUCUGCAAAGUAGGAAGUUUUCAGCUAGAACUGUCAUGUUCUACAGAAUAACAAAUAUGCAUAAGCAAAUGCAUGAGAAAUCAGAAAGGCAAUUAGAACACCCGCAGACAUAAGUACUUAUAUUUUGGUUUACAUACCAAGACAGAUUCUUAAUAAAUGCAAGACAAAUAGAAGAUUUCAAAUAGGUUCUCGUUAAAUGUUUGCAAGUUGCACUCUAGAUCCUAUCUGCGCACUGGGACUUUUUCAGUCAACCUCAUCUGGUCCCUCCCCUGAAGGCUACAGGCAUCCAAAGCUAUUUGAGAGGCUGCAGCUGGAUGGGCAAAUUGGUACAAUUCCUGUACAUGUGCAAAAGCAUUUAUACACUUGUAGUUCUUUUGAUCUUGAAUUCCGAUAGUAUUUGAAACUGACACCAGAGGAACAUAGAGUGCUGCCUUACAGGAAUCAUACCAUUCAUCUAGCACUUCAGGUUUUCAAGCAGGGUUCCUUCCCCACUCUACCUGUAGAUGCCUGAGAUGAAACUCGAGGAAUUCUGCAUGCCAGCCAUGUAUGCUACUACUAAACUACCAGCCCCUCCCAGACCCACCAUAGUUGUGAUACUGGGUUUUUUUCCUUUUAAAAAUUGUAUCCUGCUUAUUCAGAAUAAAAUUUCAGUUUGGCCUUUAAAAAAAUGAAUCAGAGCAUGAAUGAAUACAAUUCUGCUGUGUGAAGAAGAAAAGCUGCCAGGUUGGAGCCUUUUUUAAAAAACUUGUCUGCUUUGGAGCAUGUCUGUCUGAAGAUAUUUUUGAUAUCUAAUAUUGAUUGUUGGCUUAACAGCUUCUGCAUACUGGCUUUGCUUCCACCAUCCUUCUUGCCAGCUCUCACUCUUACUCUUGCUUGAACUGAAUAUAUAAUGAACUAUCAUUCAAAAAUGUAAAUUCAAAGUUUCUUAUGGCUCUCCUGCUUUAAGAUAGAUAACAGAAGUAGUUUGAAAAUGCUCCACUAGUGUGGAGAAUAGUCUGCUGCAUCUCUCAAUAGACUGCAUUCACUACCAUGUGAUGUCUGUUCCUAAGGCAAAAAGACACACAUGUUCCAGCUGCUUCCAUGCAUACAGAUUAUGAACAGGAAACUAAGGAGAGGUGGAUAUUGUUAUCAGUAUAAGUUUUAGAUUAAUAUAAUGUUCUGAAGUUUUUACUACAAAAAUCUUAUUAUGAUUUUCCAUCAGGUCUCUUGCCAGAUUCUUCCACGAUAAUCUUCGUAACAGCUGCUAAAGACGACAAAGACAAAAUGUAGACUAUGAAAUAUAUUUUACUGGUCAAGUAAAAUGGAUCCAUGUUCAGUUGGAAAUGAGCUGCAAGCUAGCAGUGAUUGUCAUAAAACAUACUUUACCUGCCACACUGGCUUCAAGACUAAGCAAGAAUUAUCAUCAACUGAUCUGUUACUCCUUCAGCUUAGGACUGGGAUAACUCUUUCAGAGAACCAUACAAUCUGCUUCCAUCAUUCUAAGCUUUACCUUGAUAGAUAUGAAGAUUUACAAAAGUCAUGUUGUGAUCCUUUUAAUUUGCACAAAAAACGUUCAAGGAAAAACUUGCAUGCAAUUGACAUAGAUGAUGCAGCUUUUCUAAGUGCCAAGUUUGGACGGCAGUUUGUACCUGGCUGGAAGCUUUGUCCAAAAUGUACACAGAUAAUAAAUGGAAAUGCAGAGGUUGAUUCUGAAGACCGUCAGCGACGGAGACUUGAUUCAGACGGGCGUACAGCUAAGGCCUUGAAGUCCUUACAGUUUGCUAAUCCAGGACGGCAUAGUGGAUUCACACCAGAAGCAAACAAAAGAGAAAAAAGAAGGCUGCAAACAAAAAACACGUCUAUUAAUUCAGACAGGCAGUUAAUACCUGCAAAGAGCAAAGUAUAUGAUAGUCAAGGAUUUCUGCUUUAUAGUGGGAUAGACCUUUGUGACUGCCUUGAUGAAGAUUGCCUGGGAUGUUUCUAUGCUUGUCCCAAGUGUGGCUCCAGCAAGUGUGGCCCUGAAUGCCGCUGUGAUCGCAAGUGGCUGUAUGAGCAGAUUGAGAUCGAAGGAGGGGAAAUAAUUCGCAACAAGCAAGUGGGAUAGCCUGCAGGUUGCAUUGGAGCACAGAUAUUCCAGAAAUUAUCACAUAAAAUCCAUAUGAUUUCUUCAGAUUUCCAGUUACUGUUCAGUAUGAUAGAUAUAAAAGCUGUGGGUCAAGAGUUAAUUCCAUCUCGUUAUCCACCUAAAGAAUUCCACUUACAGAAGCAAAACUAGAAUGUAGCUUGAUAAUCUGAGAAUUUACUAAUAGACAAGUGGAUGAAUGGGAAUAAUAUUAGCCAUUUUGUACCAUGGGAUCUAUACAGAAGAUACUUUACACAUGCAUCUCCCACUUUCCCAUGUAGGAAGAACCUGGCAUAGCCAGUUAAAAAUGUGACCACCACUGUAGACACUUUAAACUCUAGCAGCUGUGAGCAAUAGCAGCUCUUGAUGAAUUUGUAAUUUGCAUGGUGGAUAGAAAACACAAGUGUCACAUUAAAGCUUUUUAGAAGAUGAUACUUUUUUCAUUUUUAAUAGAAAACAAUUAUUGUCCUAUUUUAAAAGUGAAAGUAUUUGAGAUGGGUUUUUCAAAUCUGAAUGCAAAGAAAUUCUGUCCUGUAAUUUAAACAGUAUUUUACUGCUUGUGAUGAAAGCAUUUACCAAAGAUGUAACUCAGGCAACAUUUACAUUAUGAAGUCACUGUUUGAGAACUUUAUGGUUUAAUCUCUAAGCAGCCUGACAAAGAACUUCCUGACUGAAAUCCAACAGACUUCGCUAGUUUUUCAGAAAUUCACAAAUUAUUUACUAGAAUGUAAAUGAUAUGAGGACAGAGACCAAAAUCUUGUAUUUAUCAAUUUCCUAUAUUCACUGUUCUGCAUAAGGACAUAGAACAAUUUGCCAUAUGCUCAAAUUAAGAACAUUGCUAAGAGAAUCUAAGAGUGGAACAGGGCCAUUUUCCUAGUUUAGACACCUCAGGGAAUAAGGCAGGAGUAAGCAACAUGGUGACCUCUAUACAUUUUGGGCUACAGCUCCCAUAAUACCAGGCCACUGACCAUGUUGGCUGGAACCUAUCAGAAUCAUCUUGAUGGCACCAAAUUGCCUACUCAUGGAGUAAAGGAUCUUACCUGUGUAAACCACACCUGGUCAAGAUAGCUGAUUGCCAUUUACAGUUAUGGGUAAGACCAUAAUUAUGUCUAACACCUAGAAGGUUAUGCCUGGAGCUCAAUUUGACUUGCCCAUGGCAAGAAAAGUAUCCUGUGACCUAUUCUGACCUAGAAAAGCAAAGUGUAACAGAAAGCAAAUAAACCAGUGCUGUUCUGUCAUUGGAAUCUAGAGGAAGUAGAAUUGAACCCAUAGCCCUUAACCUAGAGUUCCAUUGGUGUUCUGAGUUGUAUGUAUGGAGCUUCUUCCUUGUUUGACAUGGGAAAAUACUGGAAUGAUCUCUAAGAAUACUAGAGUAUAUGCAAGGAGGCUCUGGAUUGAGACAAUAGCUCAUCACUUCAAUAUGUAUAGAACCAAUUCACUGUCCACUCGGUAACAAAAGACCAAUCAUUACUAAAAUCAUUUGCUAUUAGUUGUAAUUUACAUUAGCUAAAUAUUACUUCAUGGCUAGAGUUAUGUUUUAUCUGAGUCAAUUUGCAUAGCUACAAUAAAUUCUCUUGUGAAGAGAUGUUCAAAGUAGGAAUGCUUAUUUAACUUAAAACUCUUCUGCCUGGCAUGUCAUUUUUAUAAAAAGAGCCUUUUGCAUUCUAUCCAAAUCAAUUCAGAAGAUAAAGUAUUACAGUACUGUUAUAGGACCAACCAAAAUACAUAGCCAUUGUUACCUAAUAGUCAAGGUAUUGCUGUGACUUCUGGAGUUUUUCCGGUGGAGCAUCAUGGCUACCUACAAAUUAGAUACCAAAAUCAGAAUGAACUUAGCCUUUAAAACUUUAGAAUGCUUUGAGAAACUUUGCUUGAGUUUGCUACAUAAAAUGAAGUUUAUGUAGAUAUGUAUAGAAAUUGGCCAUCACCUAACAUUCUUUACAAGCCUGCCAAAUUGAUGAUUAGUUAUUUGAAUAAAUGAAAUGUGCAGUCUUCUGAAAGUAGUGAAGCACCAAUAAGCUAAAAGUAAUCAUUUUGGCCACUACUAUAGACAAAAUCUGUUAUACUUUCUGAUAUUGGCAGAUGCAAAGCUUCAAGUUCUGUUUGCUGCACGCUAAUACAAGUUGCUGCACGCUAAUACAUAGUUCUUCUAAUCCUAAUUUAUUUGUGUUAAGUUGGCAUCUAUUUGUGAUAUGAAACAAAAAACAGUUAUUCAGUUACAUUGAGCCAGUUCUUACAAUCAAACAGCACCUUAUUUAAACAAUGGUGGGCUAUAAAAUGUGCUGGCAGCCAUUUUGAAUAUUCAAACCAUGGCUUGUUAUCUUGUCUGACCCCAGGACCAUGGCUUAAAUAAUCAUUGUAUAACCCAUGUCCUUAGGCUAAAGUAACAUCACAGUCUGCAGCUUGAAGAUUCAAAAGCUGUGCAGCAUGGCUCAAGAUUCCUUAAACAGGCCACAAUGGGCAGCCAGCAGUGAUCAUAUAAACAGGUCACUUGUGCUUUUGUGUGAACUGGUGAUUGCAUUUGUCUGCUUUCUUUGGAGAUAUAUUAGGUUCUUCUAUGACUAAAUAUUAGAUGUUUAUUCAAGUGAAGCCUAAAUUUACUCUGCUGCAUGUAUGUUAUUAGAACACAGGUUUGCACAGUUCAGAGUAAGUUCCAUGAGUAUUAAUUGAUGGUGCAGAAUGAACGCUGAAGAAAUGUAAUCAAGAUUAGUCAGAAAAAUCCAUUCCGUUGGCAGGAAAAAUCACUGCUUGUUCUAGAGAUUCUUACAAAGAGGCAAGAUGGAGUACAUGUCUAUGAUCCUGUCUUUAAGAAAAGCAAAGGUUGCUGUCAUUUGUUAUCAUUUAUGUAGUCAUGCUAAUAAAUAAGUUGAUUUAAGCCAAA